CCAGCGACUCUGCCUGCUGAGCCCAGGCUGGCCUUGAGCUCAUGGCAAUCCUCCUGCCUCGGCCUCCCGGUUGUCAAGAUUACAGUGAUGAACCUCUACAUACCUCUUUUUCUGAUCCCCUCCCUCAUGCUCCUCCCAUAGUGGCUGCGGGCUACGUCUUCCGCCAGUGUGGCAGUGAUGAGUGGGGGUCUUGGAGAGAUCACACUCAGUGUGAGAAUCCAGAGAAGAACGGGACCUUUCAGGACCAAAGGCUGAUCCUGGAGCGCCUGCAGGUGGUGUAUACAGUCGGCUACUCCCUGUCCCUGGCCGCUCUGCUGCUAGCCCUGCUCAUCUUAAGUCUGUUCAGGCGGCUGCACUGCACUCGCAAUUACAUUCACAUGAACUUGUUCACGUCUUUUUAUGCUGCGGCAGCGGCCAUCCUCACCCGAGACCUGCUUCCUCCACUUGGCCCCUACACUGGGGACCAGACUCCUACCCUGUGGAACCAGGCCCUAGCUGCCUGCCGCACGGCCCAGAUCGUGACCCAGUACGUGGGUGCCAACUACACCUGGCUGCUGGUAGAGGGUGUGUACCUGCACCAUCUGCUGGUGAUCGUGGGAGGCUCGGAAAAGGGCCACUUCCGCUGCUACCUGCUUCUUGGCUGGGGGGGCCCCCGCGCUUUCGUCAUUCCUUGGGUGAUCGUCAGGUACCUGUUCGAGAACACGCAGUGCUGGGAGCGCAACGAAGUCAAAGCCAUUUGGUGGAUCAUUCGCACCCCCAUCCUAAUAACCAUCUUGAUCAAUUUCCUCAUCUUCAUCCGCAUCCUGGGCAUCCUUGUGUCUAAGCUGAGGACGCGGCAGAUGCGCUGCCCGGACUACCGACUAAGGCUGGCUCGUUCCACGCUGACGCUGGUGCCCCUGCUGGGUGUCCACGAGGUGGUGUUUGCUCCCGUGACGGAGGAACAGGCUGAAGGCGCCCUGCGCUUAGCCAAACUGGCCUUUGAAAUCUUCUUAAGUUCCUUCCAGGGCUUCCUGGUGAGCGUGCUCUACUGCUUCAUCAACAAAGAGGUGCAGUCGGAGAUCCGCCGGGGCUGGCGUCACCGUCGCCUGCGUCUCAGCCUCCGCGAGGAGCGCUCUGGUCCGAACAUGGAGCUCAGCCCGCCGGCCCUGCCCUCGCGUCCUGCACCCCGGGAGGCCCCCAUAGGCAGCGCCUGGCCCUCCGGGUCUCUGCACGUGCCUGGAGAUGAAGUCUUGGAAAGUUACUGCUAGGAUCGAGAUGUUUAGGACCACUGACAGGGAGGCCGCUUGUGAAGACGCGACGCUUUUAAGCCAUGUUUGAAAGAAGUGGAGACAACCUGAAGAGGUGGAGGACAAGACUCCAGGCAGAUUCCAGUGUAAAGGCCCUGGGAACAGGAAGGAUGAAGAAGGGCUUCCGUGGCUGGAAAAACCCUGGACCUGCAGGCGGGGAAGAAGUGGG